AUGGCAUCCGCAACUCCAUUCACGGCCAAAUGGGGCAUCAUGGCCACGGGCGGCAUCGCAGAGACCUUCUGCAAAGACCUCCUCGCCGACCCGGCCGCCCGCUCCGUCAACGACGUCAGGCAUGAAAUCGUCGCCGUCUCGUCGUCCAGGUCGGCAGACCGCGCCGCCGACUUCAUCAGCAAGAUUGACGGCCCGUCCAGCGCCAAGACGUACGGCUCGUACGCAGAGCUCGUGGCCGAUGCCAACGUCGACAUCAUCUACGUCGCGACCCCGCACAGCCACCACUUCCAGAAUGCCAUGCUGGCACUGGACGCUGGCAAGAACGUGCUCUGCGAGAAGGCGCUGACGGUGACGGCGAGCCAGGCCAAAAAGCUGGUCGCCAAGGCCAAGGAGAAGAAGCUGUUCCUCAUGGAGGCCGUUUGGACGAGAUUCCUCCCGCUGAGCAUCGAGAUCCGCGAAUUGAUCCGCAGUGGGGAAAUCGGCACGGUGUACAGGACCAUGGCCGACCUCUCGUUCAACCUGAACACGCCGGAGACGGACGGCGUCGUCAGCUUUCCGGACACGCAUCGCAUGGUCAACAAGGACCUCGCGGGCGGCUCCCUCCUCGAUCUCGGCGUCUACCCGCUGACUUGGGUCUUCCAGACGCUCUAUCACGUCCAGCCGUCGGAGACCAAGGAGGCACCGCGGGUGCUGGCGGCCAUCAGCCAGUACCGCACGGGGGCCGACGAAGCCGCCAGCGUCGUCUGCCACUUCCCGGGCACCAGGGCCAUGGGGGUGGCGACCACGUCGCUCCUCGUCGGAACCGGCCCGGAUGGCGACGAGACGGCCCCGACAGCAGUCCGCAUCCAGGGGUCCAAGGGCGAGAUCCAGGUGUCGCACCCUGCGUACCGCCCGCUCUCGUACCGCGUCGUCAGCAACAAGGGCGGCGGUAGGGUCGAGGUGGUCGACUGCCCGAUCCCCAGGGACCCGGCGCGUGGCAACUGGGGCCACGGAAUGUUCUGGGAGGCAGACGAGUGCGCACGGUGCCUGCGCGACGGCAGGCAGCAGAGCACCACGAUGCCAUGGGACGAGAGCGUGGCCCUGAUGCAGGCCAUGGACGACGCCCUCAGGCAAGGCGGCAUCACCUACCCGGCCCUGAUUACCAGCGACGUCUUUGACGCAGAGAGCCCGCUGAACACGGGGAGCAGAUGA